UUGUCGUAAGGCACUCUUGUUAAAACGGAAGUGCUGCUACAACUGUUAUAUUGUCGUAAGGCGCUCUUGUUAAAACGGAAGUGCUGCUACAAUCCUAUUUUCACUCUCCAUUCAGAUCUCCACAUAAACGCAAUCAUUUAAAGGCAUUGUUUGAGUUAGACUUUACUUUAUUUCGAUGGAUUGCUAAACAGCUCUAUCGGAGUGUUUCACUCUAUCUAUUCUAUCGUGACGAACCUGACCCAGAAUACCAGCCGUGACACACACACAUAAAAGGUGUAAGUCAUCCAUGCAUUGAGUUUCUACUGCUGCAGAUCACAGCCACACCAGACUCUGACCAUGUACAAGAUCCUGCUGUGCUGUCUCGCCAUCAUCGCUGGCGCCCAUGUAAGUGUUCCAGGUUUUUAAAUGAAAUAUAGUAUCACAAGAGACUAACGAUAUAUCUGUACACAAUUAUAUCUAUACCAUUAUAUAUGCACAGUUAUAUCUGUAAAAGUAUAUCUGUACCAAUAUAACUGUACAAUUAUAUCUGUACAAUUAUAUAAUGUGUACAAUUAUAUCUGUACGAAAUAUAUAUUUAAAAUUAUAUCUGUACAAUUAUGUCUGUACCAAUAUAUCUGUACAAUUAUAACUGUACAUUUAUUCCUGUAAUAAUAUAUCUGUACAAUUUUAUCUGCACAAAUAUUUCUGUACCAAUAAAUCUGUACAAUUAUAUCUGUACCAUUAUUUCUGUACAAUUAUAUCUGUAACAUUAUUUCUGUACAAUUAUAUCCGUUCAAUUAUUUCUGUACAAUUAUAUCUGUGCAAUUAUAUCUGUACAAUUAUAUAUGUACACUUAUAUAUGUACGAAAUAUAUAUGUACAAUUAUAUAUGUACACGUAUUUCUGUAGCAAUUUAUAUGUACAGUUUAUAUGUACAAAGAUAUAUGUACAAUAAUUUCUGUACAAUUAUAUCUGUUCAGUUAUUUCUGUACAAUUAUAUCUGUACAAUUAUUUCUGUACAAUUAUAUCUGUACACUUAUAUCUGUACGAAAUAUAUAUGUACACUUAUAUAGGUAGAAUUAUUUCUGUAGCAAUAUAUCUUUACAAUUAUAUUUGUAUAAUUAUUUCUCUACCAAUAAAUAUGUACAAUUUUAUAUGUACAAUAGCAUCUGUACAAUUAUUUCUGUACACUUAUAUCUGUACAAUUUUAUCUGGACAAUUAUUUAUGUACACUUAUAUCUGUACAAUUAUUUCUGUACACUUAUAUCUGUACAAUUAUUUCUGUACACUUAUAUCUGUAAAAUUAUUUCUGUACACUUAUAUCUGUACAAUUAUUUCUGUACACAUAUAUCUGUACAAUUAUUUCUGUACCAUUAUAAUUGUACAAACUUUAUUUUCUUCGUUAUCGUUUGCUUUCGCCGUGAUUCGGUCGGACAUCUAUUUGUCACAUGAUGGCCAGUGAUCGCAGUACUAAACAUGAAGUCGUGUUUUGUCUGUUCUUUUGUCUGUUCUUUUGUCUGUUCUUUUGUCUGUUCUUUUGUCUGUUCUUUUGUCUGUUCUUUUGUCUGUUCUUUUGUCUGUUCCUUUGUCUGUUCUUUUGUCUGUUCUUUUGUCUGUUCUUUUGUCUGUUCUUUUGUCUGUUCUUUUGUCUGUUCUUUUGUCUGUUCUUUUGUCUGUUCCUUUGUCUGUUCUUUUGUCUGUUCUUUUGUCUGUUCCUUUGUCUGUUCUUUUGUCUGUUCUUUUGUCUGUUCUUUUGUCUGUUCUUUUGUCUGUUCCUUUGUCUGUUCUUUUGUCUGUUCUUUUGUCUGUUCCUUUGUCUGUUCUUUUGUCUGUUCUUUUGUCUGUUCUUUAGUCUGUUCUUUUGUCUGUUCUUUUGUCUGUUCUUUUGUCUGAUGGUUUGUUUGUUUGUCUUUUUGUUUGGUCACCAAAAAAGCUGCCGUGAUUGUUUUCAGAUUGACUUAAAAAUUGUUCCUUGUCAACUUAAAGGUAAGCUUUUGAAAAUUGAAAAGCAGUUGCACAGGUCAACACAUAAUCCAUGACCUCUAUCCAUGAACUCUUCCCAUGAAUUCUAUCCAUCAACGCUAUCCAUAAACUCAAUCCAUCCAUUCUUCCUCUAUAUAUUAUGGGGUCACGAUCAAUUUAUUGAUCAUUCUCGCGCCUAUCAUUAUCUAUCAAUGAAUUCUAUCCAUGUCCUCUAUCCAUGAACUCUAUCCAUAAACUCCAUCCAUGAACACUAUCCAUAAACUUUAUCCACGAACUCUAUUCAUGAACUCUAUUCACGGACUCUAUCCAUGACCUCCACACACAGGCGCUGGUCGGCAAAGUGUGCACUACGGCGUCAGAAUGUGAUGACGGCGAGUGCUGUCAAAUUCUCAGCGAGUUCUUGGUGAUGAGCAGGAGACAAGUGCUGGCACUGCCCACAGCUGCCCCCAAGACAGGCAAGUGUCACUGAGCAGUUUUAGUUCCGUGUCAAAACGUAAUAUUUGGUCAGCUGUAGCUUUAAGUGGGUCUGACUAACUAAUGGUAGUGACUUGAAUCACGUUGAACUCGACCAAGAAACUUUGACAUGCAUCGAUGCUUGAGUUGCUCCUGACUUUCAAUAGUCAGUAAAUGUAAUGACAAAACAUUAAUACAAAAUAAGACUAUAAAAAAAUAUAUGUAAAGGAUUGUUUUCGAAAUAAUUUGUAUGGGGGACGGGGGGGGGGGGGGGGGGGGGGGGUUGUUGAAUUACAUCUAAAAUAUAAAUCAUACAAAACUUUUAAAAAUUUACUUAUAAGGAAUGAAAAUGGACGGAUAACUCCUGGAUGCCCAGUGCUCUAUGGCCGUCCUUUAAAGUACCGUAGCCGAAGAACUGUUGACACAGCAAAUGUUGACUCAAUCGCUUGUAUUAGUUCUGAACUAGUUCUAGUUGAUUUAAUCAGAGGUCAACAAACAACCAGCUUCUCUUGACCUCGUCAUGACGUCACCACACGAUUUCAGCCGAUAGCUUUGUUUUGUUUCGUAGAUUUAAUGACAAGAUAACUGUCUGGAAAUCUCAAACUUUAUUUUUAACCAAUGCACCUUUAAAAAAAAAGAAAAGUUCUAUAAAAUAUUAUUAGAAAUUAGGAGUAAAAUGCACAGUUUGAUUGUUUUAAAAAUAAAAAUUUGGGCCGUUUACAAUAAAUUUAAAAUGUAUAAACUUAAUCCUAAACAAUAAACACUAGCGGACUAAGCUAUAAACUCAAUCGGUUAUUGAAACAGAGUGACAUCAAAUGAGAAUUAUUAAUAAAAAUAAAACACACAUUGAUGAUACCUUCACAAGGCUUUUGUCCAGAACACAAUCCCUGCCCUCAUUGUGUCUAAUCCCUGCCCUCAUUGUGCCUAAUCCCUGCCCCCAUUGUGUCUAAUCCCUGCUCUCAUUGAGUUUAAUCCCUGCCCCCAUUGUGUCUAAUCCUGCCCUCAUUGUGUUUAAUCCCUGCCCUCAUUGUGUCUAAUCCCUGCCCUCGUUGUGUUUAAUCCCUGCCCUCAUUGUGCCUAAUCCCUGCCCCCAUUGUGUCUAGUCCUACCCUAAUUGUUUAUAAUCCCUGCCCUCAUUGUGUCUAAUCCCUGCCCUCAUUGUGUCUAAUCCCUGCCCCCAUUGUGUCUAGUCCUGCCCUCAUUGUUUAUAAUCCCUGCCCUCAUUGUGUCUAAUCCCUGCCCUCAUUGUGUCUAAUCCCUGCCCCCAUUGUGUCUAGUCCUGCCCUCAUUGUGUCUAAUCCCUGCCCUCAUUGUGUCUAAUCCCUGCCCUCAUUGCGUCUAAUCCCUGCCUUCAUUGUGUCUAAUCCCUGCCCUCAUUGUGUCUAAUCCCUGUUUCACAGGUACAUGUCAGAAGUACAAGCUGGAGGGCGACGCUUGCAGUGUGUUUGAGAAAAUGAACGGCCACUGCAGCUGUGAACCAGGUACCACGUGCCACACCUAUGAGAUCCCACUCCCGACAACCAACGGGGCCAGGUCUAUGAUGAUGCCACGUCCAGGGUACCAGUGGAUCUCAAAAUGUGAAAAGCCUGUGGCUUAAGUUGCUGAUGUCAGAGUGUAAAAACAUGUUAUAUGUAUGAUGAAAUAAAACUUCUCAUACCAGACUGGU